GCUUUUCUUUUUCUUCUCCCUCUCUUUGGAGUUCUUCUUCGAAAAUCUGAACUCCAUCAAUUCUGCCCGCUGGAAAGAGCCUUGUACGGCUAACUCUCUCUCCACUUCUUUAAACCUUAUCGCCUUCGUUCAUUUUUCGAAGAAAUCAAACUCUACGGGUUUCUCCGAUCGAAUUUCUUCUUAUUUGCUUUAUUUUUUAGUUCGGAUUUCAAUCGUCGGACAGCUUUUCCGAUUCGCUGCGUGAUUGGUUUGCCGUAAUGAAUUGUUUUUAAUGAGGCAUUUAUGAAAAAGAGAAGUUCGCAGAGAAGAUGAAGUGAACCAAAUGGCGAGGUCCAGAUAGUGAACCAGAUAGUCGGAAUGUACAGAAUCAUUCAUGUUUACAGCCCAACCAUCCAUAGCCGAAUAAGAUGCAAUGCUGGUAAAAGGAUCUUUCUUUUCGUGAGUGCUGUUUUUCCAGAUUCAGGGAAUGCGAAUUGUGUAGUUAUGUGACGAAAUCUAUCACUAUGGUCUGAUUUCGAUAGUUUGGAUGGAUGUAUGCGAAUCGGCGCGGGCAUUUACAAAGCAUACCGUAGCUGCGGCGCCAAGACAACCGUUGGUUCCUGCAGAAAAGAACAAUGAAGUUAUCACACGGUUUCCCUCGUGUUCCAAGAAAAUGUCACCUUCUCCUUCAUCGUUGUCUGGUCCUCGGCGUUGCCCAUCACCAAGCAUCACGCGGACGGUGCAUACAUCCUCCCAAUUGGUUCUUAAAAGAGCUCAAUCAGCAGAGAGGAAGCGACCGUCCACACCCCCUUCUCCAAGCCCGGCCGCACCGAUUGAUGGUUCACCAGCAGAUUUACAGUUGCUAUCGAAAAGAAUGAUUAGUGGUCGACCUGAUAGCUUAUGGCCCUCUACGAUGAGAAGUUUGAGCGUCUCAUUCCAAUCUGAUACAAUUUCUAUUCCUGUUAGUAAGAAGGAAAAACCCGUGUUAUCAUCUCCUUCUGAUCGAACUCUUAGGCCUUCUUCCAAUUUUCCCUCUAAGCAGGCCGAGACGCAAACUGUUGCACGGAAGUCCGCGCCAGAAAGAAAGAGGAGUCCACUUAGAGGUAAAAAUGGGCACGAUCAAUCAGAGAAUUUCAAACCAGUUGCUGGGUCACGUACCCAAUUCAUAGAUCAGCAUAGAUGGCCUAGUCGAAUUGGUGCGAAAGCAUCCUCCAAUUCAUUAAAUUGUUGCGUGGAUCUCGCCGAUAAAAGAGUCCCAAUCUUAAAUAAGCCACUUAGAGGAAGCGCAUUAUCUUGUACGGUCGAGACUGUUAGCAAACCUUUACAGAAAUCGACCAGUGGUGUUAUGAGGCUAUCAUAUGUUGAUGGAAGGAGUAGAAAAGAAUUUGAGGCAAAUUCAGCCAAUGACAAUUCAAUGCAGGAAUCUGCAGCUAACAAGGUUGUUUCGUCAAGUUUAGCAGACAUAAAAAUAACAACAAACCGAGUUGUGAGAUAUGACUCGCCUACUCUUGUCCCACGUCCAUCCUCUGUUACUAGAAGAGCUAGUCCAUCUCGAAUGACACCAUCAACUCCAACUCCUCGAGCAAUUAGCUCAUCACGAAUCAGACCUUCAAAUGCUACUCAAUCCAAUGUUUCAACUUCUGUUCUUAGUUUCAUAGCAGAUUUUAAGAAGGGAAAAAAGGCUACAGGCUAUAUAGAAGGUGCUCAUCAGCUACGGCUUCUAUACAAUAGACAUUUGCAAUGGAGAUGUGCUAAUGCCCGCGCAGAGGCUGUUCUGCGUAAUCAGGAGGUGGCGGCAGAGAGAACUCUUCUUGGCGUAUGGAAUACUACACUAAAUCUGUGGGAUUCAGUAAUCAGAAAAAGGAUCAAUCUCCAACAGCUGAAGCUAGAGCUCAAGUUGAUUUCGGUUAUGAAUGAUCAAAUGAGCUACCUCAACGAAUGGGCUGUGCUUGAAAGAAGUCAUAAUCGAUCCUUAUCAGGUGUUAUAGACGAUUUGGAGUCGAGCACUCUUCGUGUUCCUUUGACUGGAGGAGCAAAAGUAGAUGCGGGCUCUUUAAAUGAUGCUAUUUUUUCAGCCGUUGAGGUGAUGCAAGCAAUGGGAUCCUCCAUUUGCUCGAUGCUCCCAAGGGUGGAGAUAAUGCAGACGUUGGUUAUUGAACUUGCAAUUUUAGCAGCCCAAGAAAAGGCUAUGCUUGAUGAAUGUAUAGCACUGUUGGCAUCAACAGCAGCUUUGCAGGUUCAGGAGCAGAGUUUGUGGACGCAUCUUAUACAAACAAAGGAACGAUUGGAAAAGGGCUGCCUGGUUUAGGCGGUUAAAGGCAAGCUUCCCAACCUGACCGGCCCUGCUAGGCUAAGCAAGCUAACAACAAAGCCCAUUUUGUUACCUCACUGAAAGAUGAGUCAUUCUUCCAAAUCAGUAUUCCCCCGCAUGUAAAUUCAUUCUUUAGAUUCUCACCGGGAGUUUGUAGCUGUAGAUCCUUUUAUUUAUUUAUUUAAUUUUAAUCUAUUCCUCAUUUUAAAAUUUUCUUCAACCUUUUCCAUUGCAAGAGCUCUCUGGCUUAUUCUUUUGCACCUUCAACUUCAGAUCUGCUAAACAAUUUCUCGAAUAUUUGAUUAUAUUUUGUAGGUGGUGAAAUAAGGAUAAUACAAUACCAUGUCAUUCCAAUGGUCCUUAAA